AUGCGAAGCUCCGGCCUCCCGUCGGCGUAUAGCUCGGGUUUCUUGAGGAUGUCUGGUGGGCUGGUAGGCAGGACACUGGGGGAGGCCAAGUUUGAGAGGCCCUGGCCGAGGGUAAACGAGGAAGGUAGCGCGCAGAUCAAGAUCAAGAGGGUGAAUAGUGGCAAGUGGGCCCAUGACAGGGAAGGAGAGAGCGAAAGGAUAUAUCCUGAGGUGAGAAGAGAGUGA